UCUUCGCCCCCUUCCCCGCCCCCGCAUUUCACGCCACAGUCCUUCGACCUCCACGGUCAGCCUUUCAGCUUCGUGGCUCUUGACUUACAGAGCACAGCAAGGCCUACAUAUUCUCCUUUCCGUCAGAUUAACAGCUAAAACCAUCGGUAGGGCAUCGUUUGUUACAACCCGUGGAUUUGCUUGCUUCCCAGCUUCCCUGCUGUGCGCUCGCAAUAAUCCCUACUAUUGGCAAGUCAGGCUCGAAUAUAUUUCGGAUCCGUAGUUUCGUUCCGGCGAGCGCCGUUCCUCCUCAAGAAGACGGUUCAACUUGCGGCAACGCAUAAAUUUACGAUGGAGUAUCCCUCGACCGCACCUACCCACCAUCACCACCAUCACCAACGCCUCGCGGUACUCCCAACCGCCGAGCUUCGCGCGAACUUCUCCGCUAUAGAAGUCCUCGGCAAGGGGCAGUACGGCGUCGUCUGGCGCUGCGCCGACCGCCGCUCCGCGCGCGAAUUCGCCUGCAAGCGCGUCUCGCGCUCCGCCUGCGGGGAGAAAGCGUACGCCGCGGCGCGGCGGGAGAUUGAAAUCAUGGCGAAGCUUCGUGGAAAGGGCUGCGGGCACGUUAUCGGAUUGGAAGCAGUGUAUGCGGAUAAGGACUCGCUAUACAUGCUUAUGGAGCUCGGUACCGGAGGGGACCUUCUAACGAGGAUACAGAACGCGGGUCUGCUUAGCGAAGCGGAGUCACGGGACGUUUUCAUGUCGGUGGCGCGCGCCGUUAAAGAGUGUCACGAUAACAGCAUCAUUCACCGCGAUAUCAAGCCGGAAAAUAUCCUUCUCUUCCCGAAAAACUCAACUGCUGUGGAAGCUGCUCUGGGCUCCUUUUCGCCAAACCUUUCGCAAUCGCCAUCCGCAACGGGUUACCCUCAGCACGUCGCGAAACUCGCCGAUUUCGGGCUGUCGCUGGAGCUGCCUCGCUGGCAGCAGGUGGUUGGCUACGCGGGAAGCUUCCCAUAUGAGGCGCCGGAAGUGAUGGCUUUAGAGCCGUACGAUGAAUCCGCGGAUAUCUGGAGCCUCGGCGUGCUACUAUACGCGAUGCUUUCGGGUACAUGGCCGCUGUUUCGUAAUAACGUAAGGGAGCUUGACGAUAUCGCGGAUUGGGAGGCGCCUUGCUGGUCGUCGAUCUCCGACGACGCGAAGAAUCUCAUCCGUUGGAUGCUCGCCGUGGAUCCGCUCAUGCGCCCCACGGUCGACCAAGUACUCGCUGACACGUGGCUGGCUCCGCCCCCGCCUCCCCCCUCCCGCCGCUUCGCCCCUGCUUCCGACAUCCCCGCCGCGUUUCCCGCCGCGCUUCCCGCCCUUGUUGCACUCUCUGACAUCAAAUUCCCCGAACCUGACUUUCCCGAGCCUAGAUUCCCCAAACCUGCACCCGCGAAGCUGAACAUCUCCGUCCCCGAAGCUGCAGAGCCCCCAGUCAGCCCGAAAAAAACUUCUCCUCGUGGAAAAUAUCUCAGCAGCCCCAAGGACGCGGCAGCAGCGCUGAGGCACGUGGUCCCUGCGUGCCUGGGGUUCAAGAUGCGCGCCGGGCGGCGGAAUUCGUCCCGUGUGGCGCCGACAGCUGUCUGCCACUCUCAGUCCUUUGACGGGGCGGCUUCAGUCGGGCAGAGCCGCCCAAUCGCAGCGUAACGGGCAGCACAAACAUUUCAUCGCCGGCAAUCCAACACGGUUACAGAUACUCAGUUGCCGCUUCAUUUUCUUCAUGACACGGUUACAGUGUAACGGCUGAGGAGGAGACCCAAGGCUCUACAGUGUAACUAUGGAGUUACUGUUACAGGGGGAGUUGCCCAAUUGCCCACCGUUCCUGCACCUCACGGGGUUCGGGCAAAUGUGCAACUUCUUCCUCCCUCCCUACAAAUCAGCCUCCCCUUCCCAGCUUCUCCUUCCCCUUCCCAGCUUCCCCUUCCCCUUCCCAGCCGACAUCUCCUCCAUAUAUCUCCUCCUGCCUCCUCCACGUGUCUCCUCCCGGCAUUCAUUCCUCGCUGCUGCUCCCGAUCUCUCCAAACGUUCCCUCUACAAGCUUCCUCGCCACAUGGAUAAUACUACACCUGCUACUCCUACUGGCACGUCUAACGCAACAGCAGUGGCUUGCUUUUCUUUCAGUACAGUGUGGCAGUCGGCUUCAGCAGCAAAUGAUGCUGACGCAACUUCAGAGGAUACACCACCUAAGGGCAUACUCGGUGCAAGCUCCAUGGCUCUUUGAUUUAUGUGCAAUGUACUGUAGCGUACAUAUUUUGCUGUAGUGUUUCUCCCCCGUAUAUAUAUGGCUUGCAAGCAAAGCCACGGCCUUGUUUUCCUCCAACGGUGGUGGUGUUGCAUUCAGACAAAUGUUGAAACUUCAUACGGUAGUUCUGUUCAAGCUCCUUCGCUCUGUACUUAGUUUGUGCGCUUGACAAUCA